GACUGUUGCUCCCCGCCCUCUUUCCUCGCGUAGUAGAAUCUUGGCUGUUGUUGUGCUCACUUGGCUCCUCCUACGGGUCGUCGCACGCUCCGGGGGACGUCACCUCCACGACAAAGUAUCGUCAUCAUCCCCGCGCUGAAACAGAAACAUAGGGGCGGGGCAAAGGAGGCGGAAAUCCCAGGAGAGUUUUUCCUCUUAGCAAGCAUAGUAGUAACUUGCGGUUACAGUUUGAACCCGGCAUGAGGGACAGGCGCGUUCGCCAGGAUGGGCGGGGUUAUUUUCCUAAUGGAGAUGGACUACAAUCCCAUGGACUUAUCCAAUAACACAGAGGUUGAAGACAAUUCUGAAUGCAAGGAUUUUGAAGGAACAGACGUGAAGGACAUGAGAGUAGAAGCGGAAGCUGUUGUGAAUGAUGUCUUGUUUGCUGUGAGCAACAUGUUUGUCUCUAAAAGCCUCCCAUGUGCAGAAGAUGUGGCGUACAUCAAUGUGGAAACUAGGGAAAGGAACAGAUAUUGCCUAGAGCUCACAGAAGCAGGACUUAGGGUGGUUGGCUAUGCUUUUGACCAGGUGGAUGAUAGUGUACAAAAUCCCUAUCAUGAGACGGUCUACUCUUUGUUGGACUCGGUUAGCCCAGCAUAUCGAGAAGCUUUUGGAAAUGCGUUGCUACAAAGAUUAGAAGCUUUGAAAAGUGAUGGGCAGUCAUGAUUGAAUUUGCAAUCAAAACAGGCUUUAGCAAAAAGUUACUGCUGGUUCUAAAUUGGUUGUACUGAGAACUGAUGGCAAAAGAAUGAAUUUUCUUAACUUGCAUUCUUUGCUUUCAAAUUCCUAGCUCCAUGACUUUCAGUGACACCAACUUGUAAAUUGAUACUGUGGUUCUGAGUAAGUUAUCCAAUUUAUUUUUAAGAUGACAUAGUGACAUAUACAUUUACUGUUCUUGGUUAAACUUUCCUUUGUAUAGUUAAAAAAAUAACAAUGUUCUAGAGUUUUGGUCUCUUUGAUAAUUAACUUUAAUUACAACAGUUGGUAUAUCUCUAACAAUUUUUGUACCUAUUCAGAAUUUACACAGUAGUGUUUCAUGAAUAACCUGGUUUUAACCAAACCAAAUAUUAUUUGCCAUAGCUAAUUUAAUAAAAUGGAUUUUGUUUCACUGAAAAGAGUUACAUUCAGCUUAAUUUCUUGUGCGUGGAUUUAGCAAUUCUCUAGCUCAUUUAUUAGGAAAGUAUGAUGAGAUGCUAUUAAAUAAAACAUCUCUUAGGCUAUGAUCCACACAUAUGUUAAGUUAGUACUUAUCAGUAACCAUACAACAGUGUUCAGUAUUUGGUGUACUCUGAGGGUAGCAAGCUUUGAAUGCUAAACAAAAGAUACACUGUUGGCAUAAUGAAUGUAUUCAAGUGAAAUACAAAUGGGAUAAGCACAGUGACGAGGAAAUAAAAAGCCACAUUCUUCAUAAAGCACUAUCCUGCAUUGCUUUUGCUAAAACUGUAUUCAUGUUGUGUAAAGAAAACUAUUUGCAAUUGCUUUGAAUGUUUAUAUAAUGUACAGUAAGUAUAUCUAAAAGUAUUUUUGAUUCCUUGUUUGCUAUACUACAGUUAUUGAGUAUUUCUGCAAAGCCUCAACCGUGUUGUAUCCUCUUCUAGUUAACUUAAAAUGAAAUCCUGGUGCAUUGUAUGGAUAUAAAACCAAAGAUUGAAAUUGGUAUUUGAAUAGGGGGGAAAACAGGUGGUAUUAAGUACAAAAUUAGUUAACUUCCAAUGUUUCUGUAAUUUCAGUAUGUUUUGCUUGGGAGAAAGGUGUGUUUUUAAAAAUAAAGCUAUAGUGAAGCAUCUUGCGAGAUAAUACUAACAAUUUUUUUAAUUCUCAAAGAGCGUGAACUUACACAAACUUUAGCUCCUUGAUGGGUGUAAAUAUACAUUUUAUAUGCUUGACUCUACUUGAGUGGUGCUGUUUUAUCUUGUUGAGAAGUUAUUCUAUAAUUUGCUGACAUAAGGACCUAUAGUACAAACUCAUGUUUUGAAACAUUGAAUGUUACCUUUUGCUUUAUCCACAUGUAGAGUACUUGAUUAAAAUGUGCAUUUCAUGUUCUAAGAAAACUGGGUAAGGGUGCACUCUCACUCUGAAUUUGCGGCAUGGAAGUUAGGAAAAUACAUGAAGUGAAUGUACUUUGCCCAUUUUAUCUGUGCUUCCUUGAGAAUAAUGCAGCCAUGUUUAUUUUGGAGGUUAUACACUUAAAUAAAACAACAAUCUACAUAA